AUGUGUACAUGCAUAUGCCGAUCAACAAGUAUCCCCGACCAGGCUUUCUCUUCCAUAUCCUCUACAAAACGAAUGAAUGAGCCCUGCCAUCCCCUCAGGCAGCUCCACGUCAUAUCGCCAAUUUUCGCGUUUCCGUACCUGUGCAGAAGAAACGCAACACAUAAGCGAAGAACAAAAAGCCCAAUGUAUGCGAUGCCCGACUCUGUUCGCCAAAAAAAAAAAAACGUAGUAGACAUGGGAACGGACUCCGACGCCUACGGAAAAAAAAACAGGUGGGACUUACGUUCAACAGCUGCAUCUACCUUUGCAACGCACGAUGGCAGCACAGGGAGGUGCUUCAACAUCACAAACAAAAACGUUACAACUUAA